AUGGCUUCAUCUCCACUGUUCCAGGCCCUGCGUGUGGCGUACAAUGAUGAUACCCCAGAGGGCUACUGGGGAGAAAAGACUUCAACUCUGAAUUUUUGCGAAGAGGAUUACGUAGUUUCUUACUACUGUGCUGAAGUUUGCAAUACCUUGACCAACCUCCUAUUCCUGUGGCUUGGCUACAAAGGCGUACAUAAUUGCGUAUCUCAGGGUCACCCACGUAUUUUCCUAGUAGCAUAUCUCGGAUACGUUAUUGUUGGACUGGGCUCUACGGCCUUCCACACAUCCUUGAAGUACCCCAUGCAGCUUAUCGACGAGCUGUCGAUGAUAUACACCACGUGUCUCAUGGUCUUUGCAACGUUUUCAUUCUCAAAGUCUAGCAGAUUUUCGGUUUUGUUAGGCGGUGGUCUCGUUCUCCUGGCUGGCCUUAUUACGUCCUACUACCACAUCACCAAAGAUCCGGCUUUCCACCAGGCCUGCUAUGCGGCGUUGACGGCAACGGUUGUUUUACGCAGCUUGUAUGUUAUGGAGACGCAACUGCGGCCAGUCCUGGCACGGAGAAACAAGGACAAGGCCAAUCUCAUUCUCAACACCAUGUGGAUCAUGGUAGGAACAGGACUAAGUGUCUUCCUCAUGGGGUUUCUCAUUUGGAAUAUUGACAAUGCCUUCUGCAGCCAGAUAAGGCAAUGGCGACGACAGCUUGGUCUGCCUUGGGGCGCACUGCUAGAGGGUCAUGCUUGGUGGCACUUAAUGACAGGUGUUGGAGGUAUGGGACAGAGAACAUACGGCACUCCCAUUUCCGACAUGUGCUAA